GUCUUUGUAUUUUGAAUUUAUAUUUUAUAAGAAAAAUCGAUUUCCAAUAUUAAAAACGCUGGGUUUUCCCCAUCUCCAUUGAAUGGCAUCACGAAUGGUAUUACUGCUUUUGUGCCGGUAUUACAAAAAAUUGCGCAAUUUGAAUUGUUUCACAAUAUGAACCAAUUAUGUUAAAACCAUGCAUAGAAUAUAUUUAUUUGAAAAAUUCAGUAAUAAAAACAGUUAAACAAAUUAACCAUAUCUUAUCGGUUGCAUUGCAUUUAAAAAAUAACCUUAAAAAUAAGAAAUCAAAUUUUAAUAAAAUAAUUUAGAUAAUGGCAACAUGUUCUUCCAUGCCUACGGCAGAUAAAGAAGGCAAUGAUCAGUCAUGGCGAGGAUCUACAAUGACUGAAAUUUACAACAAUAAAGGACCUUAUGACUGGGAUCCCGAUCCAAUACAACCAACAAAUGAUCAUGAAGUAUUAUUUAUGCUACCAAUACCCGAAAAAGGUCCUCCAAAACCACGAUUUACAUCUGAAUCUUAUUGUUGGAAUCCUGAUUACGUUCGAAUGCCGUUUGCUGCUAAAGAAAAUUUAUACCCUGUUUCAAAAACAGAUCCAACUGUAUUAAAAAAUCGAUGGACAUUAAUAAAAGAAGCAUUAUCACAACCAAUACACUCAAGUAAUGAUUUGCAACGUGCAAUAUUCGUUUACAACAAUAAAUACGAAGAUCAAUGGCAAUUUUACACUCUUCAUCAUUUUUUCAACAAUGUACUAGAUGAAGAUGAAAAUGAAGACUUUUUUAAAAAUCUUUUGCCAAAUAUAAUCAAAUUAGCAUUACAAUUACCAGAAUUACUACCAUCAUCCAUUCCAUUGUUAAAAAAGAAUAAAACACAUACAAUUAGUUUAACACAAUUACAAAUUGCUAGCUUAUUAGCGAAUGCAUUUUUGUGUACUUUUCCAAGACGCGAGACAAACACUUUUCCAAGACGCAAAACGCAAAAAAAUAAACCACAAUCUGAAUUUGACAAUUAUUCGCCCAUUAAUUUUAACGGGGUCUUUCAGUCUACAAAAAGACGCAGGGAUGCUAAUUGUAACAAACUAAAAUGCAUAUUCAAUUAUUUUCAACGAGUCGUUACAAAUCCCCCAGAUGGCGUAGUUACAUUCCAAAGGCGAUACUUUAAUGAAUCUGAAUUACCUCAAUGGCAUACAGUUGAUCAACCCUUAUCGCCAUUACGUAUUCAUAUUGACGAUAAAGGGACAAUUGAAGAUGGCUUAGGACUAUUACAAGUUGAUUUUGCUGACAAGUAUAUUGGAGGAGGCAUUCUUGCAAGUGGGAUGGUGCAGGAAGAAAUUCGUUUUGCUGCAUGGCCAGAAUUAAUUGUAUCAAGUUUAUUUACUGAAAAAUUAGAGGCAACUGAGGCGGUAACGAUUACAGGUGCGGAGCAAUACAAUACUUGGACUGGUUACGGAGAUACAUUCACAUGGACCGGUAAUUACAAAGAUACAACACCGCGUGAUAUAUUCCGACGAAGAAAAUCUUAUUUAGUUGCAAUAGACGCAACACAUUUUUACAAACAACCGGAACAAUAUAAUAUACCACAAAUUUUAAGGGAAAUAAAUAAGGCUUAUGUUGGAUAUUAUUCGCCAUCUCAAAAUAAACCAAUACCAGCUGUUGCAACCGGAAAUUGGGGCUGUGGUGUAUUUAAAGGUGAUCCUUACUUAAAAUCAUUGUUACAAAUAAUGGCUUGUCGACUUGCUGGACGUAAUAUUGUUUAUUAUUCGUUUGGGAAUACAAAGCUACGUGAUGAAUUAUAUUCGUUAUUUACAGUUUUGGUAGAAAAUAAUAUUACAAUUGGUACUUUAUAUAAAUAUUUUGUUCAAUUUUCCGAAUCGAAAUUACCAGGACGUGCUUUGUAUUCAUUUAUUUUACAAAACAUCAACGGUACAUUUACACCCACCGAUUUUAGUUCCUUAGCUUCGACAAAAAAGACAAAUAUAAAAAAUCAAGUUUCUAACAAAAGAACUACAAAGAAAAACUAAUAAUGAUAAAAAUAUUGUUCCGAAUAAAAUAUUUGAUUCCAUUGUGAAUGGAUAUACUAUCGCCGUCUUCAAUUCAAUCGUUAUCGUACACAAAAAAAAAUUAAUUUCGAAAUGGUAAUUUUAUUUUCUCAUUGACGAUUAAAUCACAUGAAAAAAAUACGAUGCGGCUAAUGCUACAUUUUAUUCUCUACGAAAAUGGAUACUAGUGGUGCAGAUAAAAUGAAUGAUGGUUUAUAAAAUUUGAAGAUAUUCUUAAAACAAAUUUUUUUAUUAUUUUAAGUAUUAUUAUCUGUGAUACUUUCAUAGAUUUUUUUUUAUACUUAGAGACAAAGAUUUUGUUUGAUGUUACAUUUAAAAAGAAGCCUCUUAUUGUUUGACUAAUGACAUCACAAUUGUUAAAAUUUUUUAU